AUGCGUUCACCGAUUGUAAAUAACGAUUUGGCUACGAUUACUGGAUACGGGGAAUCAGAAACUGCGGCUAAUUUCCCUAUUGAAGGGAAAGUGCGGUUGCACUAUUGUGGUGAUGAGAGUGCAGUUUUAUGUUCAUUGGAUAUAACAGCAACGGGGAAAGGAGAUUCUGGAGGGCCAGUUGUGACCUUAGCAUUACACUGUGAGACUGACACUAACGCGCAAGAUCAGCAGUAUGAAGACUAUGCAGACGAAACUGAGGAAGAUGAAGAAUAUGCACCAAAUAUUGCUAACUCGCGUACAUCUGUAAUAAAGUUACGCAGUAUUCCCAGCAAAAUAAAAAGAAGUGAAAUAGUGAAGAAGAAGUUUCAGUCUGCUUGUGAAGCAGCUGUCGUGCCAUCAAAUCUGAAUCCCAUUCUUAACUGUCCAACGAGAUGGAAUUCCACACAUGAUAUGAUUGGAUUUGGUUUAAAAGUGAGAGCGGGCAUUAACAUAUUGUGCAGUUCUGUCACCGAAUUGAAUGAUUUUCAAAUCACAGCUAGUGAAUGGCAAAUACUCGAAAAAAUACAUAAACCGAAGGCUAAGGCUCAGACUUUUGACCUGACAAUAUGGGUGAAGCAACUUAAAACAGAAAGCCUGCGCAAGUUCAAUGAACUUUAUGAAGAAUACUACAGUCUACACUCAUUGAACAAAUCUCUGGAAUUACCAAGAAAAGAAAAUAAGGUAUGUAAUGAAGAUGAAGACGUAAUAGACUUUGAUAAACUGUGUGAAUGUCCCUCGACGUCAUCUGGAUCUUGUCUUCAAGGCUUAGUGAUAGACGAGUUGGAGGAGUACCUGAGAAAACCAAGAGCUGCCAGCUCGGAAGACAUUUUAGAUUGGUAG